UUAUAAAACUUGGACAAACCCACCCUACCACUGCAACUUCUUCCAUCCUCUUCCAAGUCCAAUUCUCUGCAUCAACGAAAAUGGAAGCCGCUGCUCAGCCUCCUCCAACAACCCUUGCCCCGGAGGCUCCUACCGGCUUCCCUGACUCUGAUUCCAUCCCCGUCGGCCACCGUCUCUUCUCUAGGAUCCGCCUCGCAACCCCAGCUGAUGUCUCACACAUCCACAAAAUGAUCCACCAAAUGGCCAUCUUCAAGCGCCUGGCUGAUCAAUGCAUUGCCACCGAAUCCUCCCUCUCGUCCACCCUGUUCAACCACCCACCUUUUCAGUCCUUUACCGUCUUCCUCCUGGAGGUUUCUCCCAACCCACUUCCCAAAAUCACCUCUCCAAACUUCACACCCAUUGAGCGUAUCAUCCAGCUCGACCUUCCUAUCAUCGACCCAGAAGCUGAAUUAUUCAAGAGUGGGACUAAUGAUGUAGUGGUAGCUGGUCACGUCCUCUUCUUCCCUAUCUAUCCGACGUUUCUAGCGAAGCCGGGAUUGUACGUGGAGGAUCUGUUCGUGAGGGAGUGUUACAGAAGGAAAGGAAUGGGGAAAAUGCUGCUGUCUGCGGUGGCUGCGCAGGCGGUAAAAAUGGGAUAUGGGAGAGUGCAGUCGCUGGUGCUCGAUUGGAAUGUGAAUGCUAUUAAGUUUUAUAAGGAGAUGGGUGUGGAGAUUUUGACAGGAUGGAGUAUUUGCAGGUUGACUGGUGAAGCUCUUGAGGCUUAUCGUGAUGCCAUUUGAGGUUUACAAGCCAAGUUUUGGGUCAGGGAAUUAUGGGGUUUUCAUUUGGUUUUAAGCUGGAGAGCUAAAAUAAUAUUGAAUGAAGGGUUUUCGAAUGAAAAUUGGCGAAGUUGUGAGAUUUUGGAUAUAUGCUAUGAUGUCUUCUGCAAGUAGAUUGGGCUUUUUGCCCAUGCAGACUUAAAAAAUUAAAAAUAAAAAUUUCUCUCCA